ACGCCGCCCUGACGCGCUCUGUAGCGUAAACACGGACAGAAGCGAGAGAAACACCGAGAGCCCAAGUGACACAUCACAUCUCUCGCAUUCCCGCGAGCUGCUGGUCGUUUCCUCGGACCGGGAUUCAGAGAGCUAGGGGUCCGGUUACCAUUGCUCCCUCUAAAAAUAGGGUUGCUUUGGGGCUGACGCAAUUAACUGGGGCUGGACCCUCUGUGGCGGCGGGGAACGAGGAGGAUCCAUGGAAACGCGCUCUGCACAUUCAAUGCUAUUGAUGACAAAGUGUAUUUUUAGACUGUGUUGUCAUCGUUCGGUAACAACGAAGCACAAGGCGUAUUGUAUAAAGGGAGGACGUUGAAAAUGCACUUGUACAGCAGCGCGUUAACACACUACCCCGGUUCCUCUCGAAAAGUUUCGGUAACUGUCACUAGUGUCGCCAAUAACUCAACAGCGACAAGCUCGAGUUCGUUGGAAGCGGACCGUAACAACGUUAACGGAAGCGCCACAGAAGCGCAGACGGAAUAUUUGCUUCGGGGGGAACAGACCGGCGCGAAGAUGCCUGCUCUUACAUGUUAUGAGGCCACCUCGAUGAGGCCGGUUUUCUAUACAUCUACUGCCGAGAUUAUCAUCACACGACCUGAUGGUGUGGAGAGAUCAGUGCCAAUUAACAUCGUGAAGGAGCCACGGACGAACCGUAGACAUCUGGAAACACACUACCGCCCAGUUUCUUACGCAGUCAAUGGAGAUGACCAUUCCAGCUUGGAUUUAGAUUGCACAAGAAGCGAUGAUGAAAUAAGUGAGAAAAAAUCUAUAAACUGCCAUACGUUUUUUGACCAAGACAAUUAUAGAGUUCGUGAGAGGAGAGUUGAGCCUUGUGUACAAAAGGAUUUCACAAACCCCAGAACUUUUGAAUCUGACUCAUCUGAAGAAAUUGACGAAAAUGACAGCGAACCUACAGAGGAGCCAGUCUUUGAGCUGUGUAUCCUUCAGGAGCCUACUGCAACAACCAACAUAAGGGACAGUGACAACAAGGUGACCCGUUACCUGGCCGAAGUUGAUAAACAGAAUAAAUACCUGCACAAUAGGCAGAAAUACCGCUUUCACAUCAUCCCAGAUGGGAACUGCCUGUACCGGGCUGUUUCCAAGGCUGCUUAUGGGAGCCAGUCAAUGCACAAAGAGCUGAGAGAGCAAACCAUGCAUCACAUUGCUGACCACCUGGAUGAGUUCAACCCCAUCAUCGAAGGAGAUAUUGGGGAGUUUCUGAUCAAUGCAGCACAGGAUGGUGCAUGGGCUGGCUAUCCGGAGCUUUUGGCCAUGAGUCAAAUGCUGAAAGUGAAUAUCUACUUAACCACUGGGGGUAGUGUGGAAAGCCCAACUGUAUCAACCAUGGUGCACUAUUUGGGAGAAGAGGACUUGUCUAAACCAUCAGUAUGGUUGAGCUGGCUCAGUAAUGGUCAUUAUGAUGUGCUGCUGGACAGCAGUCAGCCCAACCCAGAGUAUGACGCCUGGUGCCGUCACACCCAGGUACAGCGCAAAAGAGAUGAGGAGUUGGCCAAGUCCAUGGCGGCAUCCCUAUCCAAAAUGUACAUUGAGCAGAAUGGCCUGCACUGAGAUUGGAGAAGAUAUCUGGGAGUUCUGUAUCUCACUCUGACGUUUCCAAACAGAUUGCACUUUUAUUCCUUGUGUGAUGAAAACUUGCCUUAAUUUAUUACAUUUCUAUCCUUGUGUGUGUUUAUUUUAUCUGUUGAAGUGCAGUGCACAGGAUGAUUUGUGGUGUGAUGUGUAAACAAAUAAGGAUUGUGUGGGUCUGAGCGAAUGUUUUUUUUGUUCUUUCUUUUAAGCUUUGAUCGCAUGUGUGUCGACGUCAUCUUAAUUCUGGUAAUUUUCUUUCUGUACAGUGUUCUGAUUUAUUAUGCAAUCUGUUGUGCUGGACUCUGUCUUUACUAAAAUGGAAUGUUUAGCACUUAAACAAACAUUACCAUGUUACCACAAAUGCUCUUGUCAUUAUUUGUGUCCCCCACCUCCUGCUGUCUUUAAACUUGACUGUUGUGUUGUAUUAAAUGAUGAAUUUCUCAUUUUCAAGUGCCUAAAAUCUAUUUAGCAAAAUAUGUAUUUUGGAAUAAACAUUUU